AUGGGUAGACAUCUCCCUACUCUAGUGUUGGUCUCCUGCCUGAUCUUGGGUGUCUCCAGCCAGACGGCCAACAGCUUCAAAGACAGCACCAUAUCUUUGGAGAUUCUGGGAGAAGAUCCAACUUUGAAGAUUAUCCAAGCAGGUGUCUUCCCAGAUCAGAGAGUCCCCUCCAACAAGUCAAAGGACUUUUCUGGAGAUGCCAUCCCACAAGCUCCACUACCGGUCAUGUGUGAGAAGCGAACAGAAAUCCGGGAAGUGUUCAAGUACAUCAACACCUUUGUCUCUUGCACUAUCUUCAUUGUGGGCAUCAUUGGAAACUCCACCCUGCUAAGGAUCAUCUAUAAGAAUAAGUGCAUGAGAAAUGGGCCCAACGUUCUCAUUGCCAGCCUUGCUCUUGGAGACCUCUUCUACAUCCUCAUUGCUUUGCCCAUUAAUGUGUAUAAGCUUCUUGCAGAAGAUUGGCCGUUCGGGGUGCAGAUCUGCAAGCUGGUGCCGUUCAUACAGAAGGCCUCCGUUGGCAUCACUGUCCUCAGCCUUUGUGCUCUCAGCAUAGACCGAUACCGAGCAGUGGCUUCCUGGAGCCGGAUUCAGGGCAUUGGAAUCCCAUUGUGGAAGGCGGUGGAAGUGACUUUCAUAUGGGCUGUAGCCAUCAUCCUGGCUAUCCCGGAAGCCAUUGCUUUCGACUUGGUGAAACUGGAUUACCGGGAACAGACUCACCGGGUUUGCUUGCUGGCCCCCGAGCAAAAGUCCAGCUUUAUGUCGUUUUACAAGGAUGUGAAAGACUGGUGGCUUUUUGGAUUUUACUUCUGCCUGCCUUUGGCCUGCACUGGUGUCUUCUACUCCCUCAUGUCUUGUGAGAUGUUGAGCAAAAGCAACGGCAUGAGGUUGGCCCUCAAUGAUCACAUGAAGCGGCGCCGAGAAGUGGCCAAGACUGUGUUCUGUCUAGUGGUCAUCUUUGCCCUCUGCUGGCUUCCUCUUCAUCUCAGUAGGAUCCUCAAGAAAACCAUCUACAACCAACAAGAUGCGGAUAGAUGUGAGCUGCUUAGUUUCCUUCUGGUUAUGGAUUACUUUGGCAUCAACAUGGCCUCUCUCAAUUCCUGCAUCAACCCUGUGGCUCUCUAUUUUGUUAGCCGGAAAUUUAAGAAUUGCUUUCAGUCCUGCCUUUGUUGCUGGUGCCACCGGCCAGCACUUGGCAUCCUCCCAACAGAUGACAAGGGAUCUGUGGGGAAAUGGAAAGCCAACGGGCAGGAACUCGACCGGAGCAGUUCUCACCUGAGUAACAAGUGCAGUUCAACUUAGACCCAGGAAGAAAAGAAAAUCUGGUUGGAAUUUUGAGAUAGAUUUCUUGGAUACCGUAUCUUGGAUUGGGGUAUUCCUCUUGAAUUCAAUUUUCCUCCCCAGGGAUCAGCCUUGAUCUCAAUCAUCUCUGACUUCUCUCAAAGGUCAGAUUUCUCAA